AGACUUGCCGGCGUGAGGUCUUUUGUGGGGAGCAGAGCCGAGCGCAGCGGGACGGGCGUCAUGGGCGGCAAGAACAAAAAGCACAAGGCCGCCAGCGGCGCCGCGGGGGCCUCCGCCGUCCACCCCGCUGCCGUGGCCGCCGCCAGGGCCAAAGUGGUCGCCUCUGCUCCGGCCGGGGCGGAGUCCGGAGCCGCCGGAGAGGCUGCCGGCAAGAGAGGAGCGGCGGCGGCGGCGCCUCGGCCGAGCCCGGCCUUAAAGGACCCGCGCCUUAAACAAGGUCCCAAAACGUACAGCUUGGGUUCUCCAGCUGAUUCCAGUGGUUCUGCAAACACCGAUAAAUCUAUUCUGAAGGUAGUGAUUAACCAUAAUUUGGAAAAACGAAUCAUUGGCAUCAUCAACGAACAUAAAAAACAAAGUGGAGAAAAGGGGAUGAUUUCUAGAAGACUUACUGCUAAAAAAUUACAGGAUGUAUAUAUGGCUUUGCAAGGAUUUUCUUUUAAGACUGAAGACAUUGAAGAAGCUAUGAAAAAUACUAUUUUGUAUGGUGGUGAUUUACAUUCUGCGCUUGAUUGGUUGUGCUUAAAUCUGUCUGAUGAUGCAUUGCCUGAAGGUUUCAGUCAACAAUUUGGUGAAGAACAACAGAAAACUAGAGCAAGAUUUCAUCCUCCUUUGCCACGGUGUGAAAUUCCCCAGGUGCCAAACAAUAAAAAGAAGGAAGAUGACAAUGAAAAGAAGGUAAAUGCAGCAAAACAGAAAGAUAUUAGCAUGAAGGAAUGGAUUUUGCAAUAUGCAGAACAACAGAGUGAUGAGGAGAAAAGUGAGUCUGGGAAAAAUUCAGAAGAAGAAAAAUUUGACCCGAAUGAAAGAUACUUACAUUUGGCUGGGAAACUUGUGGAAGCAAAAGAACAAGCGAGUUCUUCCAAGCAAGACAAAAACAAGCAAGGGCAGAAGGCAGCACAAGAAAAAAUCAGGCGCAUUCAGCAAGAAAUGGGGGCACUGGAAGAACAUCCUGUGUUUAAUCCUGCUAUAAAAGUUACGAAACAGCCAAGUGAAAAGAAAAAGACUCCUGUUCCCCUUGAAGCAGAUAGUUCUUUGAAUCUGAAUGUGUUUGAAAAACCUCAAGAUCCUCCUGAGGAACAAAAAGCAAAAAAGAAAGAACCUCAUGAUGUGAGGAAUUUUGAUUAUACUGCUCGAAGUUGGACGGGAAAAUCCCCCAAACAGUUUUUGAUUGAUUGGUGCAGAAAACACUACCCUAAGUGCCCAAAUCCUUCUUUUGAAAAAGUUCCAGCAGGAAGAUACUGGAAAUGUAGGGUAAGAGUUACCAAGUCAGCAGACGAUACGCUGGUGGUGUGUCCAACAAUCGUCACAGAGGACAGCAUGCAAGCUCAGCAUCUGGGUGCUACGUUAGCACUGUAUCAAUUAACAAAAGGACAGUCUGUCCAUCAGUUACUUCCUCCUACAUACAGAGAUGUUUGGCUUGAAUGGAGUGAUGCUGAAAAGAAAAGGCAAGAAGAAAACAAGAUGGAAACUAACAAGCCCCGUGACCAAUUCAUUGCCAAAUUGUUGCACAAACUGAAACAGCAACAGCCACAGCCGCAGUUGGAAAGCAAGCCCAAAAUAUCUGAUGAUGCAGAGGACUCAUGGGAAAAUUUGGUUUCUGAAGAUGACUUCAGUGGACUUUCUCUUGAGAGCCCAGUAACAGACGACUUGGAACCUGCAAGGACCCUCUUUAAAAAACUUCAGAGUACUCCUAAAUAUCAGAAGCUAUUAAAGGAAAGGGAGCAAUUACCUGUGUUUAAACAUCGACAUUCCCUGAUAGAAACCCUUAAGAAGCACCGAGUGGUAGUUGUAGCUGGUGAAACGGGCAGUGGCAAAAGUACCCAAGUUCCACAUUUUUUAUUGGAGGACUUGCUGCGUAAUGACCACAGUUUGACUAAAUGUAAUAUUGUUUGCACCCAACCCCGAAGAAUCUCAGCAGUGAGUUUGGCAACUAGGGUAUGUGAAGAACUGGGCUGCGAAGGUGGACCUGGUGGAAAAAAUUCUUUGUGUGGCUAUCAAAUCCGUAUGGAAUCCCGAACAGGCGAGGCCACUAGAUUGCUUUAUUGCACAACGGGAGUUCUUCUUCGGAAGCUGCAAGAAGAUAUCCUUCUGUCUAACGUGUCUCACGUUCUAGUAGACGAGGUUCACGAAAGAAGUGUUCAAUCAGAUUUCUUGCUAAUUAUUCUGAGGGAGAUCUUGCACAAGCGGUCCGAUCUUCACCUUAUUUUAAUGAGUGCAACUGUAGAUAGUGAGAAAUUCUCCAGCUAUUUCACUCACUGUCCCAUUAUAAGAAUUUCUGGGAGAAGUUAUCCUGUAGAGGUGUUCCAUAUUGAAGAAGUGAUAGAAGAAACUGGUUUUGUUUUGGAGAAAGAUUCUGAGUAUUGUCAGAAAUUUUUGGAAGAGGAGGAGGAAAUAACAAUAAAUGUUACGAACAAAGGAGGCGGAAUUACCAAGUAUGAGGAAAGUGUACCAAUUCAAACUACACAAAGUAUUGAUUUAGGCCCUUAUUAUCAAAAAUACAGCAGUCGAACACGGCAAGCCAUCUUCUAUAUGAAUCCCCGCAAGAUCAACUUUGAUCUCAUCUUGGAGCUGCUUGCAUUUUUAGACAGAGUUCCUCAGUUCAAAAAUGUCGAAGGAGCUGUUUUGAUCUUUUUACCGGGUCUUGCUCAUAUUCAACAGUUAUAUGACCUCAUUGCAACUGACAGAAGAUUUGAUAUAAGACAAAGACACCAGUUAAUAGCACUGCAUUCAGUUCUGUCCACUCAAGACCAAGCGGCUGCUUUUACACUGCCUCCUUUUGGUAUCAGAAAGAUUGUUCUAGCCACAAAUAUUGCUGAAACAGGUAUUACUAUACCUGAUGUUGUUUUUGUAAUUGACAGUGGGAGAACAAAAGAAAACAGAUACCAUGAAAGCAGUCAGAUGAGUUCGUUGGAGGAGACAUUUGUCAGUAAAGCCAGUGCACUACAACGUCAAGGAAGAGCCGGCCGUGUAAGGGAUGGAUUUUGCUUUCGAAUGUACACAAGAGACAGAUUUGAAAGUUUCCUAGAAUACUCUGUUCCAGAAAUAUUACGGGUACCCUUAGAAGAACUGUGCCUUCACAUCAUGAAAUGCAAUCUUGGUUCUCCAGAAGAGUUCCUCUCUAAAGCCUUAGACCCACCUCAGCCUCAAGUAGUUGCUAAUGCCAUGAACCUCUUACGCAAGAUUGGGGCUUGUGAACUAAGUGAGCCUAAGCUGACUCCUUUAGGCCAACAUCUUGCAUCACUGCCGGUCAAUGUGAAGAUUGGAAAAAUGCUUAUCUUUGGUGCUAUAUUUGGCUGCCUUGAUCCAGUGGCUACGAUUGCUGCUGUCAUGACAGAAAAAUCUCCUUUUACUACACCGAUUGGAAGAAAAGCUGAAGCAGAUCUUGCAAAAUCUUCCCUGGCACUUGCAAACUCAGACCACUUGACAAUUUACAAAGCAUACCUGGGGUGGAAGAAAGCCCGUCAUGAAGGAGGGUAUCGUGCUGAAAUGACUUACUGUAGGAGAAAUUUCCUCAACAGAACUUCAUUGCUAACUCUGGAGGAUGUAAAACAAGAGCUGAUCAGAGUGGUGCGGCUAGCGGGGUUUGCAGCACCCUCAUGUCAUCAUGAAGGAACACACUCCCUUUCACUGCAAGAUAUGGUUCUCCUUAAAGCUGUGCUGACUGCAGGGCUAUAUGACAAUGUAGGGAAAAUACUGUUCACCAAGUCUGUGGACAUUACUGAGAAGUUGGCAUGUGUGGCGGAGACGGCGCAGGGUAAAGCACAAGUACAUCCUUCUUCUGUGAACAGGGAUCUACAGACUUAUGGAUGGUUGCUAUAUCAAGAAAAGGUUAGGUAUGCCAAGGUGUACUUGAAAGAAACCACUUUAAUUUCACCAUUUCCAAUUUUACUGUUUGGUGGAGAUAUAGAAGUAUUACAUCGUGAACGCCUUUUGUCUGUAGAUGGCUGGAUCCAUUUUCAGGCUCCUGUAAAAAUUGCUGUCAUCUUCAAACAACUGAGAGCACUCAUUGAUUCUGUUUUGAAGCAAAAACUUGAAAGUCCUAAAAUGUCAUUAGAAGAUGAUAAGAUUUUGAACAUAAUCAAAGAACUGAUAAAAACAGAAAACACUGUCUGAACCAAAAGGUUGCCUAGAACUACGUUGCCAUAAUACCUGGGAUAAUUUUAAAAAAUACAGAAAUAAAGUAUAGGAGUGCUUUAAAGAGGUGCAAUGCCAAAUUAUCAUGUGGAAGCUGCUGGAUAAGUACAUGUUUUAUGUUGUUCUGUGAGAAUAGGAACGCAUUGUAAAAUUUAACAAUACAUUUGGUGCCCCUUGUUCAAAUGUUUCUAAGUGGAUGCUAUAACUAAGGAUUGUUUCAUUACAAAAAUGAGAAAUUGUGCUUUUUCAUUUCAGUUUCAAACAAUAUUCCAGAGAAAUUUUGAACCAGGUUCAAAUGUGAAGAAGCCUUUUAUUUUCCUUGCCAAAAAGUGUGAGAGGCACAAUUAUCCACUAGAUUUUUAUCUGUAUCAUGUCAUGGUCAUUUAAGCAAUACAUUUUAAGAAAUUGUUGUUCUUUGGUUUUUGCACAUAUGGUGAGUUAAAGAGAACUGCUCUGGAGCUCUGAGAAUACUGUCUUUUGGAAUUUAUUGUAAGACUAAGUUGGCUGUGCACUAAACCUCAAGUGAAAACAAUAAUGGUUUUUAAAAAACAUUCAGUACCGCACUUCAAGAAAUUUAACCUAUUUUCUCCUUUGAAAGAAGAUUUACAAAAGAAGAAAAAGCAUAACAGUUACCUUUGUAUUAAAGUAAGGUCUUAAAAGGAUUUUCUCUCAUUACGAGUCGGCGUCUUUCUAGGCAUGGUUAGAGAACAUGUGGUCUUUCAAAUAUUAUUGGUCUAUAGCUCACAUGAAGUCAGUCCUAGUCACCAUCCCAUGGUGAUCAUCAGUGGUGAGAGCGGUGGUCCUAAAAGCAUCGAGAGAUCUCUAUGUUCCCUGUCUCUGCUCUACUGUAAAUAAAAGUAUUCCCUUCCCCUCUUUUAAAUAUAAAAGCUGCAUAAACUGUGUUCACUCAUCAGUUACCAGAUCUGGAAACUAAUCUGUACAAAUAAAGGACUUGUACUCAAA